CUUUCUCAAACCCCUUCUUGUUUGGUUUGCGAUUUAUUUAUGAAGCGGUCUAGCCUCAAACUUCUCACAGCAGGAAAAGGAAAACGUAAAUAUAAAUGAAGAGCUUCCGAUGACCGGACCCUAAGUCAUCGGUUGUCUUGGAUUUUAAACAAAUAUAUUUGCUAACUAGAAUAUGGCAGAGAAGAGGCCUACAAACUUUCAGCCGCCCGUGAAAAGGACCAGCGGUAAAAAGACCGCAGGAGGAAACGCCCAUGGUGACUACAUUAUGACUGUUCAGGGACAUGGAAGAAGUCCAGUCACUUCACCUUCGGAGGAGGACUUGGAAAAAAUUGACAGAAUAAGCGAGGUAGAGCCUAUGGUCAGUAGGUCUUCGGCGACUCCGGAUUCCCAAUUAAUAGAAUCAAUCAGCACGGACCAAAGCCGGAGUCCCAGUCUUGAUCUCAUGGGUUCUAACAGGAGGAAGAAAAAAGUCAACAUUUGCACCGAAAACUCAAAUGAUCCUCUCGUUGGCAAAGUCGCAACCUCCUCAUCGUCCUUGGAUAGAAGUGAAUCGGAUCUCACUAGACGAUCACCUAGUGAAAACUUUUUAACCUUGACUGGCACAAUCAAACGUGGUCGUAAGGCUGGGCAAAAUGUAGACGUGAAGCUGAACAUGUCCCGAGAAGAGCUUGAAAUCAUCGAGGCGGCGAUCAUGGAAAAAAACCCAAAGGAGAACCCCUGUUUUGGCAUUCACAUAUUUAUUUUCUCUGUUUUCUGCAUCCCCUUCAUCACGGUGGCUGCUAUUGUGUACAACUUCUACAUGGGCACACUAACCUGGUACAACAUUUUCACGCACUUCAGCAAUGGCUACAGCAAAAUCUUCUGCUCCAAAAUCAUCUUCCCACCUUUCAUCAUUCUCCUGUACCCGAUUUUCAUCGUGUCUGCCUCACUGCUGCUGGGACUUUACGCAGGCGUUGUUCAGGUGUCCUUUGACCUAAUCCGGUGGAAAACUCAGGUUCAAGAUCUGGAAAAAGGCUUCUUCGGCUCCAUGUGUUCAGCUCUCAAGCUUGAAGAUUGCUCUCCGUACGAGGUCGUCAUCCUGAUGGACAUAAGGCAGGAUAAUUCUGGCAGGAAUUCUCAGCCAGAGGCUUAGAUUAUUUUUUAAGAAGCUCAAAAUUGUCAUGUCUCAAAAUGCAUUAUUUUCUUUUAGAGAUAAAGUCAAAAAUUGUAGCAGCUACUAACUAGCUGUGCAUCAAAUUAUGCAUUAAAAAAAAAAAUAUGCAAUUGUCAAAAAUAAGGGAAAGAUCAACUAGUGAUAUUAGAAAAAAUAUUGAAAGGCCGUGUGUGCUCUGCAGAUUCUUUUUUUAUGAAGUCUCAGUGCACGAGCUAGAAAAGAUUAAAGCGGAUUAAAGUUUUUGGCAAAUUUUUGACACUGCAUAGAGUUUUCACUGAACUUUUGGGUGCAUUUCAAUCAUCACAUUUUUCUCUGGCAAUUGCAUUUUAGAUCACUAUUGAUUGAUUUCCAAAUCAAUCUGAACACAAACACAACAUAUUUUAAAAUUAAGACAAAAGUUGUUUUUUUAUGUUUGUUUCUGUUCAAUUUCUUAAAAAUUUGAUCGCAGUUUAGAAACAGGUCUGUUUUUGCAAGGAGCUAUUUUAUUUGCUAAAUCAGAUUAUAUUUUGUAUUCCUUUUUUAUUAUCCUGAUCAUUUUAUGUCAUGCCCAUGCCAUCCCAUUGCCAUAGUUCACAACAAAUUCUCAAUAAGUUGUGAUCACUUUUAGAGGCCAAUGAAUUUGAUGAUUUAAGAUUUUUACAUUUUAUAGAUUUAUACACUGCUGAUAUCUGUCUAAGGUAGUUUGAAAAAACCAGAACUUUUGUAUUUACGUGUCUAACAAAAAUAAUUCUUUCUGUGAUAUGAAUGGUAUUCCAAUUUGAAAUUAGCAAACAACAUGGUAUAAUAAUAAUUAUCAAGUCAUCCACAUUAACUCUGUAUUAAUUUCCUAAAAUAUUGUUAUAAUUCUUUAUUUUGAAUACUUGUCAUAUCAAUUUAAAUUUAAAAGUCAUAUUAUCUGUACACAUCAAAUUUCAAAAUUACUUUACUUAUAUUUAUGUGCAUUUACAUGAAAAUGAUAAUAUAUAUCAAAAAUUUAUAAAUCAUUUUGUCAUUUUUACUGAUUUACACUUCCAGAUUAUUAUUUAAUUUUAAAUUUUAUAGAAAACAAAGACCGAUAAAUUGAAUUCAGAAAAAAUAAAUUAAAUUUUGCAGUCAGUUUGUAUAGUAAACCAAUU